CUUUAAUUUUUUUUUUUGUACUGAGUGCUUUUCUUUUUCUAUCUUAUUUUUUUUAUACUUUUUAACCUUUUUAUUUUCUGUGGUCAUGCUUAUAGCUUACCAUAUAAGGAAUAAGCUUAUGAUGCAGAAAUGCAAAUGGUUAAACUGGCAUGGCAAAUUAUUUUGCAAUGCGUGGAAAAUUGGAUAUCUAAGUAGAUUUGUUUUGGAAAAAAUCUUUAAGUAACUUCUCAUUUUUAAAAAAUCAAAACAAAAAACAUAAUUUUAAGAAGUUACAUGAGCAAUAAUAACAAAAAUGGAUCCCAUGUUAUUCCUUUUACUGAUGGAGAUGUUGCAAUUUGAUACAUUCUCCACAGUAAAGGGUUUAAGGAAGAAUGCAGGUUAUUCUGAUAACAUUGUAACCUGCAUGUAAUAGGGAUGGGUUUUGGUGUUUGUGUAAUUGUAUAAAUUAUGCUUGUCAGAAUUCACAGGCCCAUACUAACUGUCCUUAAUUUCUUUCCUACAGCAGUACUGCUAAAUGCCAGUCCUGUCUGCAUUCUUAAGGGUGCAGUGCAACACAUCCUGUGUAGCUAAUGGUGACAAAGUAAUCCAAAGGAAGUUCUUUCAAAUCAUGUGUCUGAGUGACACUACCAAUUGGGCAUGGUCUCCAAUAUAGAAAAUGCUUAAAUUCUUUAUAGUGUUCCCAAUAUAGAUUUUAUGGCACCCUUCUACACAUCCUUUGAUUAUUACAUAUAUCUGGCAAUCUUUUCCUUUACCCGUACAUUUUGUAGUUUUGUUGGUGUUAUUUGUAAGAAAUGUUUCAAGAACAUAUAUUGGUGCCCUUAUAUUAUGGAAGAGUAAUGUAAAAGUUGAGAUGGAGUUUAUGGUAAAGAAAAAUAAAUCGGGAGAGUUAACAUUACACCUAUCUCAUGAUCUCAGCCAGUCUACUGCCCUUUAAACACCUACAGGUGUUGCCCAUGUGUCCCUCAAACCCCUCUUGUGACAGUAAUUUCCAGCAUUGUAAACAAUGUGUAUAGAUAAUUCUGCACAUGUACACCCAAUUGAUGCUUUGAAUUGUCCAUAAAUUCUUGACCUACACUAGACUUAGCAUUUUUGGAGCCAAGUUUAGGCAUAGUGUGUGUUGGAUUUUAAAAGCCUUACCCAGGUAAUGUUUAUGAGUAUACAUUUUCCAAAGUGUUACUAAUGGUAAAGAGAUGAUUUUCUAGGCUUCUAUUCUGCUGCUUGAAGUCAGAACUGCUGAUGGAGACAAAGGCACGAAAGUGAGGCAAGACACCAGAUCCCCAAAUAAAUGCAAGAACAUACAAAGAUGUAAUGCGAGAGCAGCAUGUGACAAAAGAGGAGAGGGAAAUUAGACAGCAGAUAGCUGAGAAAGCAAAGUCUGGAGAAUUGAAAGUAGUAAAUGGAUCAGCUGCAUCUGCAGCAUCUCAAGCUGCAAAACGCAAGCGACGAUGGGAUCAAACAGCAGAUCAGAAUCAGACUCCGACUCCUGGGUCAACACCGAAAAAAAUGUCAAGCUGGGAUCAAGCGGAGGUCACUCCUGGACAUACACCUUCAUCUUUAAGAUGGGAUGAAACUCCUGGCCGUUCAAAGGGAAGUGAAACACCUGGAGCCACUCCUGGCUCAAAAAUUUGGGAUCCCACUCCUAGUCAUACACCAACUGGUGCUGCAACACCAGGUCGUGGUGAUACUCCUGGCCAUGUAACACCAGGUCAUGGAGGGGCAACUUCAAGUGCACGUAAAAACAGAUGGGAUGAAACACCGAAAACAGAGCGUGAUACUCCGGGUCAUGGAAGUGGAUGGGCAGAAACUCCUCGCACAGAUCGUGGUGGUGACUCAAUUGGCGAAACUCCAACACCUGGGGCAAGUAAGAGAAAGUCACGUUGGGAUGAAACACCCGCUAGUCAGAUGGGUGGUAGCACUCCAGUUUUGACACCAGGCAAAACACCUAUUGGCACACCUGCCAUGAACAUGGCAACUCCAACUCCAGGCCACAUAAUGAGUAUGACUCCAGAACAGCUUCAGGCAUGGAGAUGGGAACGAGAGAUUGAUGAAAGAAAUCGUCCUCUGUCUGAUGAAGAAUUGGAUGCAAUGUUUCCUGAAGGUUACAAGGUGCUUCCUCCUCCUGCCGGAUAUGUUCCGAUUCGUACUCCUGCUCGUAAACUAACAGCAACUCCAACACCUUUGGGUGGUUUGACUGGGUUCCAUAUGCAGACUGAAGAUAGAACAAUGAAAAAUGUCAGCGAUCAACCAUCUGGAAAUCUUCCAUUCCUUAAACCAGAUGACAUUCAGUAUUUUGACAAACUUCUAGUUGAUGUUGAUGAAUCAACAUUAAGCCCAGAGGAACAGAAAGAAAGAAAGAUCAUGAAACUACUGCUCAAAAUAAAGAAUGGUACACCCCCAAUGAGGAAGGCAGCAUUACGUCAAAUAACGGAUAAAGCGCGAGAGUUUGGAGCUGGCCCACUAUUCAAUCAAAUUCUGCCUCUUUUGAUGUCUCCAACACUUGAAGAUCAGGAACGUCACUUGCUUGUAAAAGUUAUUGAUCGAAUCCUAUAUAAAUUGGAUGACUUGGUCAGACCAUAUGUACAUAAGAUUCUUGUAGUCAUUGAACCUCUACUGAUUGAUGAAGACUACUAUGCUAGAGUGGAAGGCCGAGAAAUUAUAUCUAACUUGGCAAAGGCUGCUGGCUUGGCUACUAUGAUCUCCACCAUGAGACCUGAUAUUGAUAAUAUGGAUGAAUACGUACGUAAUACAACUGCUCGAGCCUUCGCAGUUGUUGCGUCUGCACUCGGUAUUCCUUCAUUGCUGCCUUUCUUAAAGGCCGUUUGCAAAAGCAAAAAGUCAUGGCAGGCUCGACACACUGGUAUUAAAAUUGUGCAGCAAAUUGCUAUUCUCAUGGGAUGUGCUAUUUUGCCUCACCUUAGAAGUUUGGUAGAAAUUAUUGAACAUGGUCUGGUUGAUGAGCAGCAGAAGGUCCGCACCAUCAGUGCUUUGGCUAUUGCUGCUUUAGCUGAGGCUGCUACACCUUAUGGUAUUGAAUCAUUUGAUUCCGUGCUAAAGCCUUUGUGGAAAGGUAUUCGACAGCAUAGAGGAAAGGGGUUGGCUGCCUUCCUAAAAGCUAUUGGUUACCUUAUUCCUCUUAUGGAUGCUGAAUAUGCCAACUAUUAUACCAGAGAAGUGAUGUUGAUUCUAAUCAGAGAGUUUCAGUCUCCUGAUGAAGAAAUGAAGAAAAUUGUCUUAAAGGUGGUCAAACAGUGCUGUGGUACAGAUGGUGUUGAGGCAAACUAUAUUAAGACAGAAAUUCUUCCCCCCUUUUUCAAACAUUUCUGGCAACACAGAAUGGCAUUGGAUAGAAGAAACUACAGACAGUUGGUGGACACCACUGUUGAGCUUGCAAACAAGGUGGGAGCUGCAGAAAUCAUUUCUAGGAUUGUAGAUGACUUAAAGGAUGAGGCUGAGCAAUACAGAAAAAUGGUCAUGGAAACAAUUGAAAAGAUCAUGGGGAACCUUGGUGCUGCAGAUAUCGACCAUAAGCUUGAAGAGCAGCUGAUUGAUGGCAUACUUUAUGCUUUUCAGGAACAGACAACAGAGGACUCUGUAAUGUUAAACGGUUUCGGUACUGUUGUAAAUGCUCUUGGGAAAAGAGUAAAGCCAUACCUUCCCCAAAUUUGUGGUACCGUUUUAUGGCGCUUGAAUAACAAAUCUGCUAAAGUCAGACAGCAAGCAGCCGAUUUGAUCUCCCGUACUGCAGUUGUCAUGAAAACGUGUCAAGAGGAAAAAUUGAUGGGCCAUUUAGGUGUUGUUUUAUAUGAGUAUCUUGGAGAAGAGUACCCUGAAGUAUUGGGAAGCAUUUUGGGAGCACUGAAAGCCAUUGUCAAUGUCAUAGGCAUGCACAAGAUGACUCCACCAAUCAAAGAUCUGUUGCCAAGACUUACACCCAUUUUGAAAAACAGGCACGAGAAAGUACAGGAGAACUGUAUUGACUUAGUUGGGCGUAUUGCAGAUAGGGGAGCAGAAUAUGUAUCUGCCAGGGAGUGGAUGAGGAUUUGUUUUGAGUUGCUAGAGUUAUUGAAGGCUCAUAAGAAAGCAAUCAGAAGAGCUACUGUGAAUACCUUUGGCUAUAUUGCUAAAGCAAUUGGGCCACACGAUGUACUCGCCACACUUCUUAAUAACUUAAAAGUACAAGAAAGACAAAACAGAGUGUGUACUACAGUAGCAAUUGCUAUUGUGGCUGAAACCUGCUCACCAUUUACAGUUUUACCAGCCCUAAUGAAUGAAUACAGAGUACCAGAACUCAAUGUUCAGAAUGGUGUAUUGAAAUCUCUUUCCUUUCUUUUUGAGUACAUUGGAGAAAUGGGAAAAGAUUAUAUUUAUGCUGUAACACCAUUGCUGGAAGAUGCUUUAAUGGACAGAGAUCUUGUACACAGACAAACGGCUAGUGCAGUUGUACAACAUAUGUCACUUGGUGUAUAUGGAUUUGGUUGUGAAGAUUCUUUGAAUCACUUACUUAAUUACGUCUGGCCCAAUGUUUUUGAAACGUCACCUCAUGUAAUCCAAGCCGUUAUGGGGGCUCUUGAAGGUCUACGAGUAGCUAUUGGACCAUGUCGAAUGUUGCAGUAUUGCUUACAGGGUCUCUUCCACCCAGCCAGAAAAGUCAGAGAUGUAUAUUGGAAAAUUUACAAUUCAAUCUAUAUUGGCUCUCAAGAUGCUCUCAUAGCACAUUAUCCUCGUAUCUACAAUGAUGAAAAGAACACAUACGUCCGCUAUGAACUUGACUACGUGUUGUAAAGUGUUUGUUCCGUCUUGUAUUAAAUUUUUAUUUUAAUUGUUUCUAAAUUUGCUUUAAAUUUGAUGUAAAACUAAAUUUAUUGCGUAUCAGUAGUGCUGGACACAGAAAAUAUUCUGCAGCAUGAGUUUUAGAAGAAGCUUGUUUUUGAUGUAAAAACGUGGACGCUUAAAGUGGUAAUGAAAGAUGAGAGUUUAUCAUAUUCUGAACAGAUAACUUGUGAGAUCUGUCUUACGAUUCAAGUGUCAUUCCUAGUAUUCAAAGGGAUGUGUAUUUGGGAAAUAAACAUUUUGUGUACAAAAUGGAAAAAAA